CCCAUAUUCGCCUGUAGGAGGACAUGCCCGACACAUCAUUCAAUGAUUGUUCCCCUCCCCGGCUACACCGCUUCUGUAGUUCAUUUGGCUCAUGUCGGCCUCUGUCAACGACACCGUAUCGGCUCAAGGAGGUGUUUUCUCUUGCCGCCUUGGGGAGGGAACUUGCAGCACAACCCUUUCUUAACGCAUGCUUUCGGUUCUGUGCUUUUAUACCAUCCAGCUGCCUGCGGUAGACCACGCCACAAUGUCAGCGCGUCAGCGGAGCAGUAAGCAUGAGGUUGAGUUGAAUACGUGCUGCAGUUCAGUGCCCUGUCUGGAACAGUGGGGAUAUUCAAAUUCACGUUUGUCUCCGAUCCGAUUUAUUCCGAUCGUAGAUCCGACUUGUCGAUUUGAUUCUGGGCUCUCCUGGACCCAUGCGUGCAAGCUCUGUGUAACCAAACACGGCAGCCCUGGGAGACAACCGUCAAUCACUCCAGCACGCUCCAGCGUGCCGAGGGCACGGUGACCGAUUAUCAAUGCGGUUGUGUCUUUGACUGUCCAAUCGCCCCCUGCCAGACGACGGAUCGCAAUCUUGCUCGUGGGGCGCACUUUGAAUCAUCGAGAGGCGGCUAGAGAGAGUGCAACAAACUUGAUUGACAGCAUGACAGGGGCGGAGGAAAACGCAGAUCACGAGAGGUGGCAGAGACUGUCCCGCUCCAAUGGCUGGGACAAUACAGUCAAGUAUUUGGUUCACCCAAUCAAGAAGACGCACGAUGUGGAUAUAUAUGUCUGCGUCGACCAACUCGUUGGACCCACACCUCCUGAGGUAACGAAGGUGUUCGUGAUCUCGGCUUCAGACCAAGAAGCACGGGGUGCCAGGUGCCUUUCAAGGCUGAAGUCAGAUCAGUACAGUCCCAACAAUACCACAUACGAUUGGUUGAUCAAAGUACGGCCAGAUUUUGAUUUCACAACAAUUUUCCGAGCAUGGAAUCGUUUAAGCCUGGCUAUGUGUACACACGGUUCCGUUUUGUUCAGGGAAUUGGUGGGCUCACAUCAGAUCAUGUUUCUUGGGAUUAUUGCGUACGGUCAUGUACCGGCAAGCCUUCCAGCGCCAUCGGAUACGUGAAUGACGACAUGAUCCGAGUAGUGCCUGGGGAUCUAAUCGAUUUCACCUUCCGUCAUGAAUGGGGGCUGGAGAAGUAUGCAUCACCUGAUAAGACCAUCAAGAAGAAAUUUCCCCUCAUCAAUUGGGUAGACAUCCCAGAUUUCUGGAAUGAGGGCAAACUCACUCGUUUCUGGGCCCAGCACAAAAUCUUCACCUUGCCACUGGCUUGUAUGGGUUAUCCCAGGCAUGACCCCCACGGCUACGGUCACGCCAGUGAAGCUAAGAAGUGCUUGCGCACUCCGGUCAAGAAGGCCUGCGGCGGAAAUGGCAAUAUUGAGCUUGCCCAUCGUGCCAUUAACCUCUCGCACCAGGCGGCGCUGGCUUAGACAUGCUGAUCUUCCAGGUGGUCUGCGUUCGCUUCUGAGGGGAGCCGCGCAACAGGCCCGCUCUCCCAGCCUGGGCACACUCUAUUCGUGGGCCUCCCCGGGAGACCCCUCCUCCGCCCUGGCAAUCAUGAGCAUAAUCUUCAUGUUCGCCUCCUUCUGCU